GUAUGGUGGGAGGAGGCAGCGGUGCAGACCCGCUUCCACCCGAUGGUCAUUUUUUAAAUCUUCGUCGCCAGGCGAGAAAUACAUGUCUAAACAUGGAUCAGUAUAGCGAGUAUUCUUAAGAAAUGUGCCAGUAUUAGCUAUUUGUCUACCCAAAUCAGUAGAUAAUGGUUUCACUAUGCCCGAUGGACGGUGUUCUUUGAAGCUUGGCAGUGCCUGAUGCAGGCCUUUUUUUUUUCGAUCUGGACAUUUCUUGACAGGGGAAAACCAGGAUUGGGGAGCCUGAGUAGCUAGCCUAGUAUUACCCUUUUCGCUGCAUCACCGACUCAAAUGAUGCGGGUUGUGUCGUUGCAUUGAUUUUGGAUGACCAUAUCAUCUACUUUUAGCAUAUCAGUUUAUGGUCAUCUUUUAUUCAAACAGUAUCUUUUAUGGGAUUAGCGGCUAAUCAGAAACAAAUAUGGUGAAUUGGAGGCGGCUGCUGCGGGUAUCGAACCGCUCCUUUUUGGCCUUCAUUUUUUUAUUCUCCAUGUCUACGACUUGCCUCUACUUCAUAUAUGUUGCUCCUGGAAUAGCCAACACCUACUUCUUCAUGGUGCAGGCCCAGGGUAUCAUGUUGAGGGAUAACGUGAGGACCAUUGGCCAGAUGAUCAGACUCUACACCAAUAAGAACAGUACCCUCAACGGCACAGAUUACCCAGAUGGCAGUAACUCCAGUGAAUAUAUGGUUCAGCCAACCACAUACCUCCCUGAGAACUUCACAUAUGCCCAGAACCUCCCCUGCCCAGAACGCUUACCUUCUAUGAAGGGUCCUAUAGAUGUGAAUAUGACUGAGAUCCCUAUGGAGGAGAUUGAUCUGAAGUUCUCUAAGUAUCUGGAUGUUCAGUUCGGUGGCCACUGGAAACCCAAGGACUGCAAACCACGCUGGAAGGUAGCCAUCCUGAUCCCGUUCCGUAACCGCCACGAGCACCUUCCCAUCCUGUUCCAGCACCUCACCCCCAUGCUGCAGAGACAGAGACUGCAGUUUGCAUACUACGUCAUCGAGCAGUCUGGGAUGCAGCCCUUCAACAGAGCCAUGUUGUUUAACGUGGGUUUCCUGGAGGCCAUGAAGGAUCUGGACUGGGACUGUCUGGUGUUCCACGACGUCGACCACAUCCCAGAGAACGACCGUAACUACUACGGCUGUGGUCAGAUGCCUCGCCACUUCGCAGCCAAACUGGACAAGUACAUGUACCUACUACCCUACAGUGAGUUCUUCGGGGGCGUGAGUGGACUCACAGUGGAGCAGUUCCGCAAGAUCAACGGCUUUCCCAAUGCAUUCUGGGGCUGGGGAGGAGAGGACGAUGACCUCUGGAACAGAGUGCACUAUGCUGGUCUGAACGUCACGAGGCCGGAGGGAGAGAUGGGUAAAUACAAGUCCAUCCCACACCACCACCGAGGAGAAGUGCAGUUCCUCGGCAGGUACAAGCUACUGAGGUAUUCCAAAGAGAGGCAGAACCUGGAUGGACUGAACAACCUCAAUUACAUCCCUGAGAUCUCCCUGAGCUCUCUGUACAAGAACAUCACCGUGGACCUGCACCCUGACCUGGCCCCCAUCACAGACUACUGAACUCUGACCCCCACGGCCCCUACCCCAUCCCUGACCCCUUCACACCCCCUCACGCUCCAACUGGGACCCCAAAGCAGGGCAGAGGGGGGCUGGGGGUGUGGUGGGAGACACACCAUGUAACGCUGCCAAGAAACCUUAGAAAAUGUCUAACUAAAAUAUGAAACCGGAAGGGGCAUAGGGUCUGUUUAAUUGAACAAUUGAUUGUGCGUGUGUUCUGUGAGGAUUGUGUAUGUUGAGAUUUUGUGUGUGUGUGUCUGUCUCUGCAUGUCAAUGUGUCCAUGCUGGCUUUAGCUACUAAGCUACUUAACAUCAACACGUCAUAAUUCAGUAUGAGGAAGGAGGGCCAGUGUUUGUUUUCACAUCGGAUGUUUACUGCAAAGCCUUAAAGUGUCAGGCUCAGCCUCAGAACCACGGCUCUCUGGUUGCCUCCCAAACCACACCCUAUUCCCUAUAUAGUGCCCAGGGUCCUUAGGGCUCUGGUCAAAAGUAGUGCACUAUAUAGGGAAAAGGGUGCCAUUUGGGACUUUGCCUUUAUCUCACAGAUCAGCACAGUUUUCACUUCUAACGUCUCAGUACCAUCACCUUACAAGCCAACAGACAUUUUGUGUCUUCACUUUAUAUAAUUUUUACACAUUGUUCGUUUUUUAAAAAGAUGAAACAUAUUCCUUAAAGUGGAGAGGAGCUAAGUGAAGGUGACUUAUUUGUGUUUUGUGAUGUACAUUUUCUGAUAUGGUCAGAAAAUAAUUUUUUAUUAAUUUUUGCUUUUUUUUUACGGACGUUUUAAAGCACUCAAUCAUG